AUUUUAUUUUGUCAAACAAUUUGCAGAAUAGUGUCUUUAAUUUUAUUUGAAUCCUUUCUGUGAAUAGCUGAGCUGAAAAUGCCACCCAAAGGAAAAGGCGCAGGAAAAAGGGCUCCUGCCAUCGUCAUAGAUGGAGUGGACACAUCUGAGAUGACAAGAGAAAAGCUGGAGCAGUUCACUCUCCGAGUCAAAGAAGAAUUAGACAAAGAGAGGGAGGAAAGAAAUUACUUUCAAUUGGAGAGAGAUAAAAUACGAACCUUUUGGGAAAUUACCCGACAACAAUUAGAAGAAGCUAAAGCUGAACUGAGAAAUAGAGAAAGAGCUACAGAAGAAGCGAAAGAGGAGAAUGAAGCGCUUUUAGAAACUGAAAAGCAGAAAAUAAAACAUUUAAAAUAUGAACAACAAGCCGCUGCAGCCGCUUUGAGAGCUGAAAAUUUAGUCGCAUUGAAGGCAGCAAAAGAAGAACAUGCAGAACAAGAGCUGGAACUGCUGAAUGACAAACGAAUGCUCAGACAAGAAAUAAGAGAGAAAGCUCUUGCCGCUCAAGACGAAUUGAGAAGAGCGAAAUUGGUUCAUGCCGAAGAAUUAUCUAAAGCCCGAGAUGAUUUUCAAGAGAAAGCUCGCCAGAUAGAAGAUAAGGCUGAAAAGAAGCUACAUGAGACCAAAGUAGAGCUUACUGUGAAACAUAGAAUGGAAAUAGCAGAAGUGGAGGAGAGAAAGAAUAAACAGCUGUCAGAUUUGAUCGCCCAUCAUGAUCGCGCUUUUACUGAUCUCAAAAGUUAUUACAACGACAUCACGCUUAAUAACUUAGGUCUUAUUAGUAGCAUCAAGCAACAAAUGGAAGAAAUGCAAAAAGUUAAAGAACGUGCGGAGAAGGUCGCUAAGGAUGCAGUUGCUGAAGCGAAGAACCUGCGGGAACCUCUUGAAGCAGCGAUUAUUGAUAACAAAGAGUUAAAGCGUCAGAUGUCUAAUUAUGACAGAGAUAAGGCUGCGUUGGCUGCAAAAACGAAACAACUCGCAUCACUCGAAAAGCAGUUCGAAGUAUUGAAAUGGGAAUACGAAGUGCUUCAAGUGAGAUUUGACAGGAUAGAAAAGGAACGCAACGAAUUGAAGUCGCGAUUCUCUCGGGCUGUGCUCGAGGUGCAACAGAAGGUUUCCCUUAAAACAUCCCUGUUAGAAGCCAAGUUGAAAAGCUUAGAAGCCAGGGACCUGGGACCGAAGGAGAUACACGAUCUGUUGAAAUUGAAAGACACUCAAAUAGAAGAUCUACACUAUGAAGCAGCGCGACUCCGGAAAGCUCAUGACGAUCUCCUCGCUACGUACGAAGCUAAGCUUACAAAGCUCGGUAUACCGCCUGAAGAAUUGGGAUUCAAACCUUUGAGGGCAGUGACAGUGGCAGGGCUCUCUCCAGUCGUUGGAAUGGGACCUGCGGGUUUAGUCACCAACGACAAUGUGUAGAUAACAAAUGUAUUCGAAAAAAUCGCAAAAUCGUAUUUUUUCUUUUUAAAUAAUAUUCAUAAUCAUACCUACAGAUGAAAUUAAAUAGUAUAUUAUAGGUACAGGAUUUGUAACCCAUAUGUGUUUAGAAACUUUUAGUAAGGAAGAACUAAAUGUAACUCCAUCAUUUAUUUGUGGCCAGCAUUUUCAGUAUUUGGCAUAAAAAUAGUUUUUUUUUUUCAUUU